AUGCAUCCUAGAUGUUUACGCCAAUUGCAAACUGCUGCACGACCAUUCCUGCGUCUUAAAAACCGUCAUCAUCAACCAUCAUUAACCACCACCCUCACAGCCACCGUGAAAUGUAUCCAUUCUUGUGAAUCUCUUGAACCUUUCCAUUUUCUUCUGCAAGAGAACCGCGGUGUUCUUGUGUUGUUCACCACAGAAAUAUGCCACCUGAGUCGCAAGGCACAAUUAUUGUUUGAAGAAUUUGCGCACGACAAAAACUCGACUAGUAGCCCUGUCGCAUUUGUGCAAGUGGAUCUCAAUGCUUUGCGUGAUGCAGCGGCAAUUGGCAUCAAGUUUGAUGUCCGUGCUACCCCAACAUUUAUGUUUUUUGUAGGAGGAAUGAAGGUAUUUGAAAUACAAGGCUACGACGUUCAAGAACUACGAAUGCGGCUUUCAAUGUUUUUACACCCAGUUCAUCCACACAUACCGUUAUCCCUUCCGGCUUUGGAAAAGCUGGGCCUUAAGCCCAUUCUAUUCAAUCGGGUCCCCAAUCUCGCUGCUAUAUCAGAGAAACUGACGAGUUUCCUUGAUUCCGCUACAACUUGGUUCCUGCCUCUCGAUACCUCCUUAUCCAAAGUUGACACCAUGGGAAUGCUUUUUGGGACCGUGAUUCCGUACGUCACGGCGGCGUUCACCACCUCGCAAUGCUUGCCUCUACACCCUCUUUUCGAUUUUUGGCACGACGUCACGAGCUCUAUGUCAUGGAAUAUGCCAGAAGACCAACUAUUUCCACUGGUGGAUUUAUGGCGAAUAGUGCUCCUCGACAAAAAAGUCUCCUCUUGGUGUGCCGAUCGGAAUGGUCUCGACAGCCCCCUUGUGCUACUUUUGUCUAAGGCGUGCGAAGGGUCUUCAAGAAACUAUCUAUUGACACUCCUUCGUAUGCUUUCCAACGCAUUUAACAACAGGGCCUUGGGACGGAAGAUUCUCCUGUCAGCGCAAAACAAUCUCGCUACCCUGCUGGAACAUACUUUAGUUCAUCAAGAUACUGAAAUUCGGAGAAGUGCUUCGAGCUUGACUUUUAACAUCUUUGCGCAUCUGCAAGAGCUUCGAGCAGAGAACUUAUGCAAGGGCGACGAAGAAGGAGCUGAUCAUUCGGAGAUGGAAAUAUGUAUGACCCUGCUGAACGCAGAAUGGGAAGCGUCAAUCGCAUGUGUAGUUCUUGCGGCUAUCAGAAACGAGAGCGAUGGUGGCAUAGGUAUGCUUUUCGCAGCAUUGGGACUUAUUGUGCGCUUUUCCCCUUUCAUCGAUCACUUGCUGCAACUUCUCGGAGCCUUACACGCUCAAAGCACCCUGAAGAAUAAGUUCAGAGAAAACCGCAGGAAUUGGAAUAUGGAGGAAGCUGCUUGGGCGCUUUUGCAGGAAGUCGCGGAUAAAUUGUGCCCUCCGAGCGCUUCAAUCUGA